UAGUACAGUACAGUGUCUCGCGCUUCUUUUUCUUUGCCAAUUACUCCAAUCUCCAGAAAGGACAAUUCUAAGAGCAGGCAGAAGCUCGGCCAACACAAUUGCUAUGGAAGGCGGGACUGAUGGGCUUGUCCCAGACGCCCUUCCUCGGCGCAUGCGCAGAGCCGUGAUUUGGCCAGGCCGUCGCUAUGAAACACUUCAAUAUGCAUCCACAUACUGAAGAACCUGGGUCAGGAGAAGCUGUUGCAGAGGAAGGGAAUGAUCAAGAGAUGAAAGACUGUAGACAGGCAGACACCUUCUCCAACAAUGAGGACAGCUUACCAAAAACAGAACUACAACCUCAGCUGCCAGAAGGAGAACAGGGAAUGGAAAAGGGCAUUAACCAUGAGCAACUAAAUUUGGGAAUUACUGAGAACGACUAUAGUAGUGGAGAACCAGCACUACAAAAGAGAAACAGCUCUGUGACUGACAUAAAUCAACAGAAUGAGCAGAAUAGAAAUGAUGAUCAAAAGCCAGUGACUGACUCAUCCUGUAGACAAUCGGAAUUAAAACACGGUGGUUUGAGAAUGACCAAAAAGCUACUGAGGGACCUCUGCAAACAGCAUAAGUUAUAUACGACCCCAUACUUGAAUGACACCCUCUAUCUCCAUUACAAAGGAUUUGAUCGUCUCGAGAACCUGGAAGAAUAUACAGGAUUGAAAUGCCUAUGGCUGGAAUGCAAUGGCUUGACUAAGAUUGAGAACCUGAACGCACAGACAGACUUGCGUUGCCUUUAUCUGCAGCUCAAUUUGAUUAAUAAAAUUGAGAAUCUUGAACCAUUGCAGAAGCUGGACUCUCUUAACCUCAGCAACAAUUAUGUCAAGACAAUUGAAAACCUCUCUUGUUUGAAAGUUCUGCACACUCUGCAGAUUGCUCACAAUAUGUUACGAACGGUGGAAGACAUACAGCAUUUGCAGGAAUGCCCAAGUAUCAGUGUUCUUGACCUCUCUCACAAUAAGCUAGAUGAUCCAAACAUUUUAGAUGUCCUGGAGACCAUGCCUGAUUUGCGUGUAUUGAACUUAAUGGGAAAUGAAGUAAUAAAGAAAAUUGCUUAUUAUAGAAGAACGUUGACCAUCCGAUUGAAACAUCUGACGUAUUUGGAUGACAGGCCAGUGUUUCCAAAGGACAGAGCCUGUGCAGAAGCCUGGGCUAUGGGUGGCCGUGAAGCUGAAAAAAUGGAAAGGGAAACGUGGGACUCCAAAGAAAGGAGGAAGAUCCAAGAAAGUAUUGAUGCUCUUGCUACACUCCGGCAAAAAGUGAAAGAAAAGAAAAGGCAACGAGAAAUGGAAGGAAAAGACAGAACAUCAGCUGGCAGUCAAGAAGGGGAAAUCCCAUCUUCAAGCAACAACAUUGUGACAAGCGAUACAGUAAAAGCUUCAAGUACUCUGGAAGAAUUGGAAACAAAGCAGAAGAUUGAGAAAUUUGUGAAGGAAAGCAUGGAUGCACAUGAGGAAGUUCUGGUUGCAAAAGCAAGCUCAGGAGAUCAACCAGAGAGACCAGAGAGUGGUCAUAUGGGUUACCAUGAACAGAGAACACAAGAAUCAAGAUUUGACAUGUGCUCAGCCUUUAGACACAUUGCAGAAGAGAUGCCGGGAGAUAAGAUGGCUACACCAGGACCUUUGCUUACUGAACUCACUGAUCCAGCAGAAAUUGAACAAAUUAAGUUGGAUGUUCCGGAGAAACUUUUCCUUUAUGAACUACCUGACUUGGAAGAUGUAGAUAUCAGUGACGCCUCAUUAGAGGAGGAGAUGUUCACUAGAAAGCAAAUCUCUCUAAAGAUUGAAGUGAUUUCUGAAGUAAGUGAUGACAGAGACUGCUCCACUGAAGGAAACACAGCUACUUCUGGGAAUAUAGGGACAGAAGAGAUUCCAAUCUCUAUUUUUUCAAACACAUGUAAGAUACCCGAAGUCUGUACAAAGGAAGCCAUAAAGCCCAUUGUAACAGACCUUGUAGUGCAACAAGAGGAAGUCUUGGAAACCAAAGUACAACCAGCAAAACCCUUGAUUGAAGAGAUUAUUCCAGGACCUUUGGAUUCAUCACUGAAGCUAUUAGCACAUGACGAAACAGAUGAAUUAAUUCCAAAUGUUGUGGAAAAUGGAGACAGCCACAAUGUAAUUUCUUGCCUAGGGAAUAUCUCCAAGGCAGAUAAAGAGCAACAUGUUCCUGAAAAUAAAUGAAGACCUGGUGCAUAAAUUAGAUGGAGAAAUGAAUAAAGCAGAGACCAAGAUAUUUGCUACUGUUUGUUAGCAUUACAAUGUCACAGUUGGUGCUGUGCCCCUGGCAUCAUCAGUCACAAAUGCUCUCUGCAACAAGAUUCACCUGUCAACAAGUCCUGGCUACCAACAAGUCCAGUCUCAAGUACCUGUUCUUCACUUUUACCACACUGCUGUGACCAGUGGCAAAGCAGGCAGUGCCAUGGUGCACACAGGGGCCUUAGGCUUUCAUUUUUCCAGCUGCUCAGCAUCCAGAGCUCCCCCAUGAUAUGCAGCUCUGAAGGUUCAAUGCCACCAAGUCAGAUAACCAACACUGAAAGCGUAAAUUCAGUUCUCAAUCUGUUACUUUCCUGCAUCUGUAGGAAACAGGUUGUUUAAUCAGCAGCAUUCAGCCAAAAUGAAACAUUUAAGUCUUAUUUUGGUGAGAGAAGUGAGCACAUGCUUAACUUUCUCCCACUGAAAUAAAACGUACUUCAUUUUUACUGGAUUCUGCUCUAAGUUUGUAGCAAGUCAUUGCAUUCAUUUUACUUAGCUCAGCUUCAUAUUUGCUUUUA